AUGACCAAACGACUACCACCGGAGGUGAAACUCUCUAGGAAACCCACACGCGUGGCAUGCACCUUCUGCCACUCCAAACAUCUUCAGUGCGACGAGUCCCGGCCGUGCAAGAACUGCGUCAAAAGAGGAGUCUCUCCCUGUGUGGACAGUGUACGGAAACGGACACGAAGAGGCGAUAGGAGGGACAGUGGGGGUGGUAUGAAAAUGGAGGUGGAACACACGGUGAAGGAGGAAAGUGUGGUCAAGAUGGAGAAACACCCAGAUCAGGAACCGCAAGAGAAAAAUGUACACCCCGGAGAUGGAGGUAGGGCUGAUGAGGCAGACCCUUUACAAGGGAAAGUGAAACGCAAGCGGGGGAGGCCCGCCAAGGGUGAUGUGCAGGCCAAAGACGGUCCAGUAACCAAGAGGAAGUACAAGCCACGAGAGAAGAAGACCGCUAAAGGAAGAGGACGUCUAGAUCAACCGGUACCAAAGGAGCAAAAGGAGCAAACAAAUCAACAAAAUCAACAGAACCAGCAAAUUCAACAAAAUCAACAGCAUCUACCUCCAAUCCCUUCACAGUCCCACCUCCCGCUCCUCAAUCUUGCCAAUGUCUCUCUCUCGGGAUUAGGGCUAAACACGCUCACUCCAACACUCCCCUCCUUCUCAAACAUCAAAAGUCCCGUAUUUGAACGGCUUCCCUUUUCCCCAAACAUAAACAUGCCUAUUGCUGAUAAGGAUCGUGAUGGUAUCAACAACUUCAGCCUGGCGCACCCAAAUGGCGAAAGACAGGAACCUCUAAACAUGGUCAUUCCUCCUAGCAUCAAUGUAGAAGAGGCGCAAGUAUCUUCGUCAGUUACACAUGGCCACCAAUCUCCUGGUUCUCCCUUGACUUUCAGUGUCUCGAGCUCACACUCACGAACAAAUACCAAUAAGUCUGUCAGCCAAAGUAGCCAUCCACUCCUACCACCUCCAGAUGAAGCAUUCUCAGACAUGAAUUUGAAAAAAAAUAUAGUAUCAUCGCCAGCUUCACCUAUUAGUGACGAAUUCAACUUCAUCAAUCAACAACAACAACUGUUGGCCGCAGAAAAUCUGGGUAAUAACGCCGAUGGAGCAGAGAAUAACAGCAAUAAUGAUGGCGGGGACGAAGACGAUGAUACAGAAACAAGACCUUAUAUCAUAAUCAACUUAGAAAAUGGAACAAUGGUAUCUUCUUAUCCGGAUAACUCGACACCUAAUUCCUAUGCUUACAAUGCAGAUCACUCUCAGAUGCCGAACACGGCCAAGGAGAUUCCUAAAGAUUUUGAACAAAACGAUGACUAUACUUCGCCAUUGAUCAUGAGACACGUUAUCAAACAACCCGAUGAUAUAUAUCUGACCAACGUAGUGAAGGCCUACCAAUAUCCAAAAGCUUAUCAUGCCUUGAUUGCCUACCUGAAAAAAAGAUUCAAUAACCGUCAAUUAUUAGAGAUUGCUAAAUGCAUGGCUAAGUACAGGCCAAGUUUUAUUAGUGCAACCAAGAAUCUAUACGAAAAUGAUCUUAUCUUCACCGAACGAAGUUUCCAAAGAACUUUGUUGGAAUACGAGAACCUGAUAUCGAUGUCUCCAUCGCCGACUAUUAUUUGGAGGCGAACUGGCGAAAUAGUAGCGUUGACCAACGAAUUUGCAGUCAUGACUGGUUAUUCCAAAAUGAGUUUAUUAACUAAAAGAACAUUUAUUGUUGAAUUGAUGGAUGAUGAGAGCACAAUAAACUAUUUUCGAAGCUUUAGUGAAUUUGCCUUUGGUGAUUUGAAUGCAACACAUUUGACAGACUGCAAUUUGAGGAAAGCCGAUGAUAAUAAUUAUCUAAGAUGCUGCUGUGUUUGGACCAUCAAAAGAGACGUGUUUGAUAUCCCAAUGUUGAUUGUUGGGCAGUUUCUGCCUGUGUUAGAUUAG